UCAGAGCUAUAACUUGAUUUUGAAUUUUGACCGCAAUGGACGGCAAAAGAAACAAUGCACCGGCGAUCGGCAUCGACCUCGGAACAACGUACUCAUGUGUCGCCGUUUGGAAACAUGGUCGCAUCGAAAUCAUUCCCAAUGAUCAGGGAAAUAGAACCACACCGUCUUGUGUUGCUUUCAGUGAUGCAGAACGUUUAAUCGGUGAUAGCGCCAAGAACCAAGUGGCCAUGAACCCUGCUAACACUAUAUUUGACGCUAAGAGGUUGAUUGGAAGGAGAUUCGGUGAUUCCAAAGUGCAGGAUGACAUGAAAUUGUGGCCUUUUAGGGUCAUACAAGGGCCUGUCGACACACCAAAGAUUGUUGUCUCCUACAAAGGUGAAGAGAAUGAAUUUUUGGCUGAAGAAAUUUCAUCGAUGAUUCUUGGGAAGAUGAAAGAAACUGCUGAGUCAUACCUUGGAAAAGUUGUAAAAGAUUCUGUGAUAACUGUCCCAGCUUACUUUAACGAUUCGCAACGUCAAGCAACAAAGGAUGCUGGAGCUAUUGCUGAACUUAAUGUCAUUCGUAUUAUCAAUGAGCCUACAGCAGCUGCAAUUGCUUAUGGUCUUGACAAUAAGUCAGAUAUCACUUGCAAGAUUAAUGUGCUUGUGUUUGAUUUGGGUGGUGGCACUUUUGAUGUCUCUCUAUUAACAAUGGCGGAAGGUGGUGGUACCCUUGAGGUGAAAGCCGUUGCAGGUGACACUCAUUUGGGAGGUGAAGAUUUUGAUAGUCGUAUGGUGCAUCACUGUGCUCAGGAAUUCAACAGGAGAUGGAAUAAGGACUUAACUGGUAACAAAAGAGCAUUGGGGAGGUUGAGAUGUGCUUGUGAGAAAGCAAAAAGGAUUCUUUCUUGCAAUAAUCUCACUUCUAUCGAUUUAGACUGCUUACACGAGGGGAUUGAUUUUUCUAUGAAAUUCAGUAGAGCUAAAUUUGAAGUGCUUAACAUGGGUUUCUUCGUUAAAUGCAUCGAGACUGUAGAGGCAUGUUUAAGGGAUGCAAAGAUGGAGAAACCGUAUGUGAAUGAGGUGAUUCUUGUUGGUGGCUCAACUAGAAUACCAAAGGUCCAGUGUAUGUUGCAGGAAUUUUUUGAAAGGAAGGAGCUAUGCAAGAGUGUAAACCCUGAUGAGGCUGUUGCAUAUGGUGCAGCUGUUAUGGCUGCAAAGUUAAGUGGCAACAAUCAUAAGAGUUGUCGGGAUUUGUUGUUAUUGGAUGUCACUCCUUUGUCCCUUGGUGUAGGAAUAUUAGGAGACAUAUUUGAUGUUGUUAUCCCAAGGAACACUCCAAUACCUACCAAGAAAUCUAAAGUAUAUAAUACAUCCCGCGACAACCAACCUUGUGUAGAUGUUCAGGUGUAUCAAGGUGAACGAACAAGAUCUACAGAUAAUCAUUUGUUAGGGACCUUCAGAAUUUCUGGAAUACCACCGGCUCCAAAAGGAAUUGCAAAACUCGAGUAUUGUUUUGAAAUAGAUGCAAAUUGUAUCCUGACAGUGACAGCAAAGAUAUUAUCAACGGGUAAGACGGAGAAACUUACAAUUACCAAUGCAAAUGGAAGGCUCUGUAUGGAAGAGAUUGAAAAGAUGAUGGAAGAUGCUGUCAAGUACAAACAGGAGGAUCAAGAAUACAGGAAGAGAGCAGAUGCAUUCAAUGCGCUAGAGGAAUGCAUAUACAACAUGAAGAAUAAGAUCAAAAAUAUGGAGAAUUGUAAGAGGUUGAAGAAAAUGGAGCGUGGAAUUGCUGAUACGACCAAGUGGCUCGAGCAAAACCAAGCUGCAUCUGUUGAUGAGCUUCAUCGCAUGAAGAAACACCUGGAGUCUAUAUGCAUGCCAAAGUUUUGGUUCGUAAAUAAUGUAUGUUAA